AUGUUAAAUCUGUUAACGAUCCAAAAACGAACGAAUGUGGACGAGAACGAGAAUGGCACAGCUCUUCAUCGAGCAGUGCAAAUGGGCAAUGCCGUCAUGGCAAAAAGUCUACUUGACAACAGGUCCGUAUGGGUUGACGAGGAAGAUGGCCACGGCAGAACCGCACUACAUUACUCUAUGGAACAAAAUUCUAUCGAGAUCAUUGAGGUUCUUAUAGCUGGAGGAGCUAAUGUGGAUUGUGUGGAUUUUCAAGGAACGUCUGCAUGCCAUUUAGCAUGUAGAGAAGGAAAAACAGAUGCGUUCGAACUACUGAUGAUACAUCGUGCGGAUGCUUUUUGUAUGGACAAGUUAGGAAAGACACCAUUCGAUUUGGCCUGUGAAUUUGGUAAAGAAAGGAUGGUAGACUACAUGCUAAAAUCAGUCGAGGAUCUGUCACUGCUUCAACAUGCUGGCGAAGCUCACAAGGCGUCAGCGUUACAUUUGGCCGCCAGAAACGGUCAUACUCACAUUGUAUGUCGAUUACUGGAACAUGGUUGGGACGUGAAUCGAACUACCGCACUCGGUAGCGCACUUCAUGAAGCGGCCGGUAAUGGUCGAGCGCAAGUAGUUCGAUUCCUGCUGCAUGCAGGAAUAAAUGUAACACUCACAAACGCAGCUGGUCUCACAGCGUUAGAGUACGCAAAGAAGAACGCACAUCGUAAUCCUAUAACGAUUAAGGAAAUACGAUUUCUACUCAAAGAGUGCAAAAACUUCGUGUACGGCGAAGCAAUCGAACAACAUUGUGGAGUACGAGCUGAUGAACUUUCGUUUGACGCUGGCGAUUUGGUGUUGAUCAUUGAUCGACGACAUUCCCCUGAGGGCAGGUGGAAAGGUGUAGUGUUUGGUCAGAAAGGGAACUCACGUAGUGGACAUUUUCAGUCGUCGACGGUUAAAAUCAUCGAGAAGCCUGAAACGGUAAUAUCGAUGUCAUCAAGAGUGGCUGUAGCACCGUUUCAAGGUUCUGCUCCACCAUCAGGACGUCAAGCAAAAAAGGUUAAUGUUCCAGUGGUGCCAAAUAUGAGCGUCGUCGAUAGGAGCAAAUAUGAGGAUGUGAACCGUAAUGUACGAAGCAAUCUGAGUUGUCGCUCAGUGGCCUCACCUUCUCGUAUGAGUGACGAUCGAAGCAGUGAUACACAAAACUGUAACAGGAUUUCUCGCCCAACCAUCUUUGGAACGAAUUCGUCAUCGUCGUUUUCGAGUUACGGUACGGAAGUUGGCCAUCUUCUUGGUACUAAAAGCGGUGGGAUGGCGUCGUUGGCGUUCCCCUCGACAUCAGCACUGCCAGAUCCGUCACAUCGAAUCUCGACUGGAUCGAAUUCAAGUCAAGGAAGUUCUGGAUUCGAAAGCAUGAAGUCGCAUGGAACCGCUUCUGCUUCAUCAUCAUCAUCGUCGUUCCACACCUCUUCCCUCCUUACUCCUAGUCAUACAGAUUCACCACCAAGUCGAAUAAGUGUACAUUCAAGUGGAAGUGGUGGAAGUGGAACAUCUUCACUCGCUUCAUCAUCGGUUGACGCACUUGACGAGUCCUUUUAUUCGUCGUCAUCGGAAACGCCAGUUAAUGUCACACAAAUGGUAGCGAAAGGCGUGCCAGAGGCUGAAAUUCUAGCUAUCUGGUUGGAUAAGAUUGGAAUGACGGAAUAUCUGGCGUUAUUUCUUACACAAGGAUACGAUUUGUCCUCGAUAGCCCGAAUCACGCCUGAAGACCUUCUGUCGCUGGGAAUUACGAAUCCAGCCCAUCGAAAACGACUUAUCACUGAGAUACAUAGCUGGCAGAUCACUGACAGUUGGCCAUCUGUCCCUCCUCAGGGCGGAUUAGGUGAAUGGCUUACUAUGCUCGCUUUACCUGAGUACAUAAGUGUUUUCGAUUCCCAAGGAUACGAUUCCGUACAGGAAGUGAUGAAAUUAAGCUGGGAAGAUUUCGAGGAUAUUGGUGUGAAGAGAUUAGGACAUUUGAAACGACUUGGUUUGGCUAUAAAAAAGCUAAAGGAUUAUCGACGUUCGAUGAAUAAUCCAUUGGACACGUUGACGAAUGCCGCAAAAGUCCAUCCAGUGCAGGUGCCCUCUCCGAUGCUUUCGGCACGCUCCGUCGCUCCCAUGCAGGAGCAAGCAAUUCCUUCUCCAAGGAGAAAUGAUCCUCCUCCACCUGCUCCGUCGAGUUCGUAUCGAGGCAAAGCGAAUUUGAACGGAAAUAUUGACUAUAUAAGCUAUUCAAGAGGAUCGAAAAACCCUCCUGCACCACCAUCCAGGUCUACUGAAGAGUUGCCUGUUACAUAUUCUGAAAUCAGGAGGUCAUCCAAAGGAUCCUAUGAUCCGAUUUUUGAGAAGAUCGAACCAAUAAGGCUAAAUCUCGUCUCGACUGGAAAAAUUCUAAGUGAAGCAAGUCGAGAACGUGACACUCCAUCUGUACUCGGUGCUCCAAAUGCUGACUGUCCUCCACCUCCUGCCCCACUUCACUGCGAAGGUUCAAUACGUCGCUUGCAACAUGCGUUUCAGUCAUCUGCAGGCAGUAGUGGAGGAUCAUCCUCGAGCCUGGAGCAAUUGCCAUUCGCAAAUGAAAAUUGUGGAACGAUCAAGUCAAGAGAUAAUACGACAAGAAAAUCCACGAGUAUUUCACAACCGCAAACGCCUCGAAAAUCACUGCCAAUGACUAUACCAGAUUGCUCAGCGUCUACAUGUGAGAAGCCGCAAUCGCAUACAAUUGGACCAAAUGGAAACGUCCUAUCCGACAUUGGUUUCAUGCUACAAAAUUUGACAGAUGAAUUGGAUGCGAUGUUGGAUCCGGCGAAACCAUCCGUUGAAAUGUGUAAAACUAGGAAAAAAAUCCAUGUUCUAGAUGGAUCGUUCUCUACUGAGCUUUCUAAUGUUUUGAGCGGUUACUUUGAAAAGCAACGCCCGAAUUGGACCUUCGAUGCAGUGAUUAGCAAUCCAGAGGCGGUUAUUGAGGUUCAUAAGAGAUUUAUUGAUGCAGGAUCGGAUUAUCUCACUACUAACACUUACCAUGCGUCGUUACCAUCACUUAGGGAACAGGGUCUCGAUGGAGAAGCUUUGAUUAAGACGCUGUUCAUAUGCUCCAAGAGACCUCUUCCAGCUAUCAUCCUAAUCAGGAUAGACGAAUUUGGGGUGCUAUUGACAAUGACCGACUAUCAUAAAGAACAAAUAAACGCUAUGGUAUCCGCCGGUAUAUACAGUAUCCUCUUCGAAACAGUUAGUUCCGUUAUGGAAGGUCAAGCGAUCAGCGAUGCACUUUCGAUGAGCACCGAUGAUAAAAUAAAAGCUGUUGUCUCAUUCACUUGUAGAAAGGAUGGGAUCGCUGUUCGUCAUGGAGAGAAAUUUUCGGAUGCUGUGAAACUUGUGUUAAACAACUCAAAGGUUAUUGGAUUUGGCAUCAAUUGUACUCAUCCUGGAGCAGUUACCACUUUACUUGAAUCUGUACAACCGAUUUCACCUGAUCUAGAGGUUUUUGUCUAUCCGAACAGUGGAAAAUACGAAAACAACGAGAGUGAGGAAAAUCCUACGAAAAUAGUAUUGAGUUCGAUUAGGACAUGGGUGGAACUCGGAGCGACUGCAAUCGGAGGCUGCUGUGGAUUCGAUGCUGGGAUUAUUAGUGAAAUUCGUAGUCAUGUGGACCACCUGAACUCUGUCAAGAACGACAGAUCGUAA